AUGCAACCAUACCCGCGAUACUCUCCGAAGGAAUUUGAACGUGUAGUGGACGAAGAUGCUAUAUUAUGCGAUACCCUCGAAGAGCUAGUUCCCAUAUUCGUCUCACAAUACAGCAUUGUUGGUGGAAGACUCCAAGACUUCGUCUCCGGUGUAAUGAUUCCAACACUGCGCGAAGUUGCAAAAGAAUUGAAAGAAGAAGACGAGGCACUAUAUGCAGAGGGACGAAGAGAGCUAGGUGUUGUAAUGCAUGAGCAUCGAGAUAACUGUGAGCCGGACGAUAGUUGUGAGGAAGAAGAAGAGGAAGAUACCGAGGAAGAGUCAGACAACGAGCACUGA